UCUCCAAUGGCAAGGGGAAAAAUUAAAUGAGGGAGUGCACGCUGGUAAAUAGUGUGUGAGGCUUGAGAUGAGCGGCUCUGCGUAAUAAUACCUGCGCCUUGACAAUCCUGGGAAUUUUAUCACCAGCCAAGCAACCUUCCCUGCCCAAACUCAGUCAACAUUUAGCCAUCGGGGGGAGUGCACGUCCGCCGCUCCGCUCCGUACCUUAGCAUUGUGUUUGUGGAUGUAAGGUCAUUGCCGUGGCCUCGGUGACCUGUGACCUGUGUGUGCGUGCGUGUGUGUGUGCGGCGAGGUCACUCACACGGACAAGGACACGCACCUUUGGAAAAUAGAGAUAGAGAAAUUAAAGAGAGAGAAAUAUUGAAAGAAAGAAAGAAAAUUAGAGAAAAUUGAUGUUUUUUUCGUGGGUUUCUACUUAAAGAGAGAGAGAGAAGGAAGAAAAUGGGGAAUUAAGACCCCCCCUCCCCAUUCCUGCCCCUCCUCCCUCCCAUCACCCCUUAAACGAUACCCCCAUAUAGAGGACACCCCCACCCCCACGUGCCAGUAAACAAACAGCAAGAUGAACAACAACAACAACAACAACAACAACAGGAGAAGAAGUUUCAAUAUUGGAACAGCGAGAUGGGCGUGGCGGUGUCUCCUCGUCGUCCUGGCCGCCCACCACGCCCGCGCCUCCACCAGAAACUGUUCCCUCCCCCUGAGUUGGCAAGGACGCUGGUUUCACUCAGGGGAAGCCGCGCCCGUGGUGAUUGGCCCCAGGGAGAUCGACUUCAAAGGAACAUGUACUGAACAAGAUCGUGAUAGAUUUUUAUUAAAGGAUCCGGUUCACAACUGUUACCGGUGUCUUGUCGUUCAUCAGCGUCACUUCAAUGUUCUUCAGUAUAAGGAAACGUUUUGCGACGUGGCAGGGGGACUUGAAAGCGUCUGUGAUAUGCUAACAGGGGACUCGUUGCUGCAUUCCCUGUUCAGACUCGAUGCCCAGCCUAUUCCUGUCCCUUUCCUGACUCGUACACCUUCACCUAUGCUCGCGGGCACUCAGAAUGCUCCUAUCCCUUAAGUACUGUGGAUUCGUGUACCGUGGAGCAUAAGAUGUUGUUCAGAUACCAAGCUUGUCCAGAUGUUCAGGGCACCGAGAGCACACAGGAGGAGCUGGUGUGUCUCGGGAAAUGGCGGGAAGGAAGCAACAAUUAUCUUGUGGGGAAAUCGGAUAACCCCAGAGCGACUUCAGAUGAGGACAGGUACCAGUGCUUCGUCUUCAAAGAGUGGUCGAAGGGCAAGAACAAAGGAUACCAUGUUGCCCAGAGCGGGGAUGCGACUUGUAAUGGGCUGUACUCCAUCUACGGGGGCUCCAUGCGGCUUGUCAUGCAGAGAGUGGAUUCAAGUGGCUCCAGGUGUAACUUCCCCAUCUGGGUGGAGGGCGGGUACAUCUGGCACUCUCUGGACAGCACGACAACCCUUCACGUGUCCCGCAGAAACCACACGCUGAGACUCAAGACACCGCAGCGAAUCGUGACCCACUCUUGUCUCAUGCCCAACGCCCACACCAGGAUGUCCGCCACCUAUGUCACUAAAGUCGUGCAUGGAUGCACAAGCGGGUACCAGUGCGUGGAGAUGAUAAAACGCGAUGAAUACGUCUUGGAGAUCAUAAUGGGCAAGGUAACCCCAGUAUCCAGCGCUGCCUGUGACAAGAACAAUUUCAAUGCCUCCUCCACAGAAUUCACCACAUUUGUCAGCAGCAGGGCGGAGAGCACACGAUGUCCGGGCAUGGGUCGUUACGAGGUGGUGGGCGGCGUGUCCGAGGCUGGCGUGACUGGCGAGGAGAUGGGCGUGGCGGCGUUGGGCGUGGGCGGAGGCGAGAGUAACAAUGGGUUCCCUCUGUACGCCCACGAUGAUGAGGCGCCGUUGAGGGAGCAGUGCGUGGGCGGACCCUUCACGCACCUGGCUGUGGGCUGCACUGGAAGAGACACCUUGAUUUUGAGUAACCAGUGCUCUUCUGCAGAGUACUCCUGCCACGGGUCUUGGGAGGACGGUGGGCGGCAGUACUUGGUCGUCACACCCACGUCUCGGAGCAGCAAGGGUGUGAGGCGGCUGUGUCUGGUGCUGGAGCAGGGAGCAGGGGUCAUGUCCUUAGCUUCCUCCACACACUCCUGCGGCAGAGACCUCACGCCGGGGCUGCACGGUCACAUGGCCCUCAAUACAACAAGUACUGGCGGCUGUCACUCCAACCCGCCGUUGAAUGUGUCAGCCAGUACCUCCACCCACUCCUCCGCCACCCUGCUACUUCUACUACUUCUGCCACGCCUUCUGCAGCGCCUCCUCCUGCUCCCUGCGCCCUCAUUUUGACCUGUGGAGGGCUGAGGGGACAGGGGCGGACCGGGAGGCCAUCUGGAAUCACACCACAGCCCCUGGAACACCCUGGAACACCACACGUCCUUGGAAUACAGGCGUGUGCUGGGGGAGGCCCUGGGGAGUGGUACCAGUGUUCCCUGUGCCAAUGAUCUGAACCAGUGCCGCCCCCGCGUGGGUGUGCGUGCGUGUGUGUGUGUUAGCGGGACCCGUGGACCAAGUGAAAGGGGUGUUGAUAUCGCCCCCUAGUCAAGAAAACUCCCAAAUUGUGUUUUAUCAAGUUGCCUGCGUCAGUUUUCAUGUGCCCGCUGUAGUGGUGUAGACUAGAGUAUCGGCGUGUGUAGAUAAUGUAGAGCUCUGCCAGGCUGCCGUGUGUGGGCGUGCGUCCCUGCCAGCCCUGCCCCGUCCCGCCCUGACACUACCAAGCCCCAGGACACCCUACCUUACCUGAAAAUACACCCUAAAGUCACCCUGGUCUAGUGUGCGUGUUAGCAGGACUGCCACCACAUCAGACCACUCUCUAACUGAACGCUAAGGUGUCCCAGUGUGCCCCAAGGUGUAUCAAAGCGUGUCUCAGUGUGCCCCAGGGUAUCAAAGCGUGUCCCAGUGUGCCCCAGGGUAUCAAAGCGUGUCUCAGUGUGUCCCCAGGGUGUAUCAAACCGUAUCACUGUCCCAAGGGUGUCACGGAGAAGAGUGAAGUGUGAGAGUGGAGAUGGGUGUGUUUAAGGUGAAGGGCAGGGCGUGGCUGGGCGUCUUUCCUCCGCGCGUGUACUUGUGUUGUGGUGUCACUAGGCUUCAGUAUCCUGGUCCGGGCCACACCGCUGCUUGGGACAUGGGACAGCGGGACAGCGGGACAGUGGGAGAGCGUGGCGGUGCUGCGCGUAGGAGUGUUGAAAAAAAAAUAUAUCCGUGUGUUUUUUUUGUUUCCCCGCGUGACUUGCUGUGUUUUUCGUGUUUGUUUGCAUCCCCACAGCACUUGUUGGGUGUUGAGCUGUGCCAAGUGAUUAUGUUAGCCCGCCUGUCAGCCCCAAACAUAUCCACUCAGCCCCAAACACCCUGAUUUAGCCCCAAACACCUCCAGUCACACAAAAUCACUUCCACUCAGCCCCCAAACACCUCCAGUCAUCCUCAAAUACCUCCAGUCAGUCCCAAACACCUCCAGUCAGCCCCAAACACCUCCAGUCAGCCUCAAACACCUCCAGUCAGCCCCAAACACCUCCAGUCAGUCCCAAACACCUCCAGUCAGCCUGAAACACCUCCAGUCAGCCCCAAACACCUCCAAUCACCUCUAAAUCGGUCUUUCGCCUUCAGUUAGUCCACAGUCAGACCCCAACCAUCUCUUACUCAGCCCCCAAUCAGCCCCAACCAUCUCCCACUCAGCCCCCCAGUCAGACAACAAACAGUCCCAUACACCCUCACAGUCAUACCCUAGCUAGUCAACAGUCAGCCCCAAUCAGCCCCCAAACAGUCCAUUAUACCUCCAUAGUCAUGUCCUAGCUAGCCAACAGUCAGCCCCAAACAGUCCCAUAUACCUCCACAGUCAUGUCCUAGCUAGCCAACAGUCAGCCCCAAUCAGCCCCCAACAGUCCCAUACACCCUCACAGUCAUGCCAGUAGUCAGACCUCAACCAUUUCCCACUCAGCCCCCAAUCAGUCCCCAAUCAGCCCCCGGUCAGCCCCAUUUCAGCCCCAAGCGCAUUGUGGCCGCGACUAUAGCACUGACGCGCACUGUUUUGGACCAGUAGAUAGACAGGAUGUGGUAGAAGAGGUAUGCUUCAGCCCCGCCCAGCCCCUCGACGGCCACGCCCACCACACCACACCACACCAUACCCCACACACCACACCACACCCAGAAACACUUCCCUCUCUCACCACGACCGUUUUUCAAAGAUAUUCGUGUUUUUAAGGGUGUUUUUGUGGUUCUAGGAAUGGAUUGGCAAGAUAUCUGGUUGGUUAAAAGGAGGAAAUGUCUUCAAAACCAAGCUAAUUGUCUCUAUUCAUGUUCUUAAGGUGUUUUUGUGGUUCUAGAAAAGGAUUAGCAAGAUUUCUAAUUUGUUUUUGUGGUUCUGGUGUUGGAUUGACAAGAUUUCUGGUUGGUUAAAAGGAGGAAAUGUCUUCAAAACCCGGCAAAUUGUCUCGGUGGCUUGGAAAAUUGUCUUGGUGAGAGAACAGGACGUUUUUGGAUAUGGGCGCCAGUCAGUCAGUCAGUCAGUGCGUGAGGGCGUGGGCAGGGCGGGGCUAAGUGUUUUGAUACCAAGCUGCAACUCUUUGUGCUGACACGCGAGUCUUAUAAUGUGUUGCUGUUAGUGUGUGUCAGUGUGUCAGUGUGAAUGUGUGUCUGUGUGUGUGUGUGUGUGUGUGGUGGCUGUGGUGGUGGUGGUGGUGGUGGUGGUGGUGGGUCAGUGUGGUUAGACGAUUGCAUAUACUUCAUACACACUUAACACACUUACAUACUUAACAUAUACACUUACACACACACUGGGCUGGUAUUCUUAAACUCUCGUGCCCUUUACCUCCACUAUUUCAAAACGCUCUAUUUAAAUUGACACGAGUUUUUUAAGGGUGUUUUUAUGGUUCUAGAGGCAGAGUGACAACAUUUCUGCACUAUUAACUGGAGAAGCACCCUUGAAAACAGUGGCGGUAAGAGCAGAGUGUUUUUGAAUAUGGACCUUCACACACACACACACACACACACACACACACACACACACACACACACACACACACACACACACACACACACACACACACACACACACACACACACACA